AUGGCCACAGAGAAUCCGGUGGCGCAGGUGUACGAGUACUUGAAGCAUGUGGUUGGUGCUGGUGGUAUGACGGGUGCCGUGCCAGCAGCGACGGUGCGGAAUUAUUUUGGCGCACUUGACGGGAAUCGUAUGUUUCACGGCGAAGGCGUUCUUUAUUCUGCAAUGGGCUUCCGCUACAAGGGGGAUUUUGUCCAUGGGAGCAUGGAGGGUCACGGCCAAAUCUCAUGGAACAAUGGCAUUUCUUAUCAGGGUGAUUUUUACAACAAUGCUCCUAAUGGGAGGGGUAUCUUCAUCUGGUCUAACGGCAACAGGUAUAUUGGAGAGGUGAAAAAUGGCGUGUGUCACGGCAACGGCGAGAUGGAGACGAAUCGCGGAGUAUAUUCUGGCGGCUGGGUCUCUGGUAAACGUCACGGCAUGGGACGUCAGACGUAUGCUGUUGAUUCUUUUUACGAAGGAGAGUGGGCCGAAGACAAACGCCAUGGCAGGGGCAAAUUGGUGUACCCCAACGGUGACGUGUACGACGGCAUGUGGGAAAAGGGUCGUCGACACGGCCUUGGAGUUAUGGGGUGGAAAUUUGGCACAAGACAUUAUGUAGAGGUAUAUGAGGGCCAGUGGAGUGAAGGUGCUCCUCAUGGUCAUGGGCGCUCCACUUACGUCCUGUAUUUAGACGCAGAUAAUACCCCGAAAGAUGUUGAUACCCCGUCUAAGUUUUCUCCUCCCGUUCUUUCAGUCGUGAACGUGUAUGAAGGUGAGUAUGUACAGGGAAUACGGCAUGGCUUUGGUGUCUUUUACUACGCAGACGGAAGCACCUACGAGGGCGAGUGGCAUCGCGGGAAUAAGGAGGGUCGUGGAAAGUGUACAACGAGCGUAGGGGCUUCGUAUUAUGGCGUCUUCCGGUGUAAUGAGGCUGAGGAACUUUUGAAGGAUUCGGAAAACGCCGGAACUCUGCCAACGGUUGCGGUAGCAGACUUCUUUGGCGUUUCAGAUAACUCGCUUGAAGAGGCCAAAUCGUCCAUACAUAUGCUAUUGUUACGUUUUAACAACAUGCUCAAGACUCUGUUUGACAGUUACAGUGGGAAGUUUGAGGACAUAAAACUCAUUACAACAAACCCCAAUUGGUGGCGGCACCGCUUUCCGGGUCAUUUAUGCAUCCCUCAGUACCUCCGUAUGCUGAACGACGCGCACGUUAUCAAUGGCUGUGUAAGCAUCCACGAUGUGAUGAAUUGCGUUUUGCUCACUAUUGAAAAAGAGCUGGAGUCUGAAAGGGAGGCAUCAUGUAAUUGGUGGAUUGAGAGGAAACGUGCACUGUAUCAUGCCAUUGUAAAUUUUGAGGGUUGCCUCAACUACCGACAAUUUGUAGAGUCUCUUGUGCGUCUCUCGACCAUUGCAUGUGUCGGCUUCAAAGCCACCGAACUUCCGAAGCGCUUUACGGCGCUAAUGGAGGGGCCACUCGCAAAGGAGCAUCUCACAAAUGAACCUUUGUGUCCCCUUACAAGACAGCAUGAGUCACUGCUGUUACCACUUCUUCCUUCUUUGGAGGCACUGUUUCUGCGAAUAGGAGCUGAAUCUAAUUUGCAGCCAUGCAGCACAGUUUCUGUCUUGCCUGUUCGUGAAUUUAUUGGCUUUUUUCGAGAUAUGUUUGUUGAACGUGGUAUCAGUUUAGUGGAUGUCUUGAAUUCUCUGUUUCCCUUUGAUCGAUUUAAGAUCCCAGGCGUUGUACCGGUUGCUAUCUGCCCGCCGCGUAACGCGCUGGGGUUUUCCAUGUAUGAAAAGAGCUGCGGGCCUCAAGAGGAGUUGGCGGCUGUCUUCGUGGCGUCAGAACGAAGAUUGACAUUUGUUGAAUUUGUGGAGGCGGUGUUGGGUGCCGUGCGCCUUGUCGGUGUGGUGGACGAGAAUGACGUGCUUGAGAAACUGCAGGAAAUCAUUGCAACAAAGUCCCCUUGA